CAGGCAGAGGCGCUGCUACCCGAGCGCGGGAUCCGAGACGUGGCUCCCGGGCGGAAGAACCAUGUUGGACUUCGCGAUCUUCGCCGUUACCUUCCUGCUGGCGUUGGUGGCCGCGGUCCUCUACCUCUACCCGGCUUCUAGACAAGCUGCAGGAAUUCCGGGGAUUACUCCAACUGAAGAGAAGGAUGGUAAUCUUCCAGAUAUUGUGAAUAGUGGAAGUUUGCACGAGUUCCUGGUUAAUUUGCAUGAGAGAUACGGGCCUGUGGUCUCCUUCUGGUUUGGCAGGCGCCUUGUGGUUAGUUUGGGCACCGUUGAUGUACUGAAGCAGCAUAUCAACCCCAAUAAGACAUCGGACCCUUUUGAAACCAUGCUUAAGUCAUUAUUAAGGUAUCACUCUGGUGUUGCAAGUGUAAGUGAAAACCACACAAGGAAAAAAUUAUAUGAAAGUGGUGUGACUAACUCUCUGCGGAGUAAUUUUGCUCUUCUGCUAAAGCUUUCAGAAGAAUUGUUAGAUAAAUGGCUCUCAUACCCAGAGGCCCAGCAUGUACCCCUCUGCCAACAUAUGCUUGGUUUUGCUAUGAAGUCUGUUACACAAAUGGUAUUGGGUAGUACAUUUGAAGAUGACCAGGAAGUCAUUCACUUCCAGAAGAAUCAUGGCACAAUUUGGUCUGAGAUUGGCAAAGGCUUUUUAGAUGGAUCACUUGAUAAAAGUACAACUCGGAAAAAACAAUAUGAAGAUGCUCUUAGGCAACUGGAAUCUAUUUUAAAGAAAAUCAUAAAAGAACGAAAAGGAGGGAACUUCAGUCAACAUAUUUUCAUUGACUCCUUAGUACAAGGGAACCUUAAUGACCAACAGAUCCUUGAAGACAGUAUGAUAUUUUCUCUGGCCAGUUGUGUCAUAACUGCCAAAUUGUGCACCUGGGCAAUCUCUUUUUUAACCACCUCUGAAGAGGUUCAGAGAAAACUUUAUGAAGAGAUAGACCAAGUUUUUGGGAAGGAUCCUAUUACUCCAGAGAAAAUUGAGCAGCUCAGGUAUUGUCGGCAAGUACUUUGUGAAACUGUUCGGGCUGCCAAACUGACCCCAGUUUCUGCCCGGCUUCAAGAUAUUGAAGGAAAGAUUGACAAAUUUAUUAUUCCUAGAGAGACCCUUGUUCUUUAUGCUCUUGGCGUGGUACUGCAGGAUCCCAGUACUUGGCCGUCCCCACACAAAUUUGAUCCAGACCGGUUUGAUGAUGAAUCGGUGAUGAAAACUUUCUCCUUGCUUGGAUUCUCAGGCACGCAGGAAUGCCCAGAAUUGAGGUUUGCAUACAUGGUGACCACAGUACUCUUGAGUGUACUGGUGAGGAGGCUGCACCUGCUUUCCGUGGAGGGUCAGCAUAUUGAAACUAAGUAUGAACUGGUAACAUCAUCCAAGGAAGAAGCUUGGAUCACUGUCUCAAAGAGAUACUAAAAUUUUAUACAUUUUAACUUUUCUUGAGGAGAAUGAUGGUUUCAAAAUCUGUAUUGAAUACUUUUAUAAAUCAAGUUAUACUAUGGAAUAUAAAUACCUACUUGUACUUCAUUAUGUAAAUUUGGACUUUUGCAUAUCAGAUUUUCUUAAUGCCUCAAUAUAAUGAUAAUUUUAAUGGGAAGCUCUCUGUUUUAAUUUUUGUUUUGUCACUUUUUUUGUUAUUUUGUUUUGUUCUAUCACUUUCUAUGAUAUUAUCUCUAUAUUAUUUUUCUUAGUUUGAUCUGUAGUAUUCUUGAAAAGAGAUGUUAUUUUGCACUCUUUGGGGAAUCAUGUUUUCUGAAUAUUCUUAAAAGGGAAACAUAAUCCUAACUUCUUUUCGUACUUUAGAGAAAACAAAGACUUCCCAUACUUUUGUUUCUUGGAUUAAUAUUUUUAUUUUCUAAAUAUAAAUUAGCUUAUAUUUAAUCAUUGUUAUUAGGUUAAAUAACCUACCUAGUAUUUGUUUUUAUGCCUCCCAGGUAAUACUGUUCAUUUCUUUACCUAUACAAGGCUCCUCAUUUUGAAUGCUUCUGAGUCAUUUGGAAAUGACUGAAUGUAUUUUGAAGUGCUCUUUCUGAGGCUUGUCUUUCCUUCUGUUUUGCUGGAAAUUUUAGUAGCACUAUAUUACUUCACCAAUUCUCAUUUGUGGGAAAAACUGAAUUCCUGAUAUGUUACUAUCAUAUCUAUUAUGUCACAUAAUGAACUUAAUGAUUAAGAAAUAAGAAAGCACUUACCAAAAACCAAAACCAAAAAAAAAAAAAACAAAAACACAUUGUAAAACAUAUGGUAGGGAUAAUAUCCAUAUGAUAUAUAAAUAGUUUAUAUAAAUUGGUAAGAAAACAUAAUAGAUUAAUGGUCAAAAGACAUGAAUAAACAUCUUUUAGAGGAGGAAAUAGCUAUUCAACUUUCAGAAAAGAGGGUCAGCCUCACUAGUAAGCAAAGAUAUUGGAACUGUUUUAAAAAAUAUUUUUAAGUAUCUUGGAAAUUUAUACUAAGUACUGUUAAGUUUUAUGUUUAAUACUUUUAUAUUGAUAGCACUAUAGUUGAGUCCACUUUUUUUGGUUACAUUAUUCUUGAAGAAUUUUUUUUUUAAGACAACAACUGGAGGAAAUAUGCCAAGUGCAGAUAGAGAGGAAGGGAAGAAAAAUGGUAACUGUUGCAAGUUACAAUUUUUUUUUGACACUGCUGAAUUCCUCUGGUAAUUUUAGUUUCAAGAUUGUACUCUAGUUAUUGAGUUAUUUUAUGCUGUGUUUAUGGUCAGGUAGCUAACAUUUUAGAACUAGUUAGGAGUGGUUAAGAUAGAAUUUAAGCAAUUACAUGCAGCUUUUAUUUCUGACAAAAAUAUUUAAUUUAUGGAAUAAUUUAAAUUCUAAAACUGUAAGUGAAAUGUAUUCUUAGUUCCCAGCAUCAUGUUGUUUCCAAAAAGGCACACUGUUAAAGUCCCUCCUAUCAUUUUGUAUGGUUUCGUAUAUAUAGAGCAUCUUUCUUUGUUCUCCAAGUACCUUAAUUGGUUUGGAAACUGGCAGUGGAGAGUUAGAGUGGGCACUUGAUGUGUAAACUGAGUGUCAGUAAAAUUAGAUGAGAUAAGUAGAAUUUUAAAGCAAGUGAGACCUGAUCAGCAAUGAUCAAGGCAAAACCAGGACAGCUGAGCCAGAGUGAGUGGAUUGGCCUGUUGCCAAUACAUGAGACAAUGUGUUAUUACUCAUAAUGAUUUGAAUCAAGGAAAAUAAGAGAAUCAGCUAAAUAAGCACAUUUUAUCCAUGGUUACAUGACGGACUUAAAACAUUUCACAUAUAUUCUAGAGGAUUUUUUAAAAAUAAAAAUGCUGUCAAUCCAUGCA